AGCCAGAAGCCAGAGCGCGCAGCCAGAGCAGAGCAGAGCACAGUCAUGGCCGUCAUUCCGAGGAGUCCGGUGGCGCUGCGGCCCGGAGGCAGCGUGCUGCCGCAGUACCUCGCCGCCGCUGCAGCGAACCUGGCGUACCUGUGCUGCGGCACGUCGCUGGGGUGGUCGUCGCCGGCGCUGCCGCAGCUGCUGGGGGCGGGCUGGCUGUCGCUGGAGGCCGCCUCGUGGGUGGCGUCGCUGCUGCCGCUGCUCGCCGCGCUGGGGCCCGUCAUAGGCGGGGCCCUCUGCGCCACGCUGGGCGCCAGGCGCGCCCUUCUGGUGGCCGGGCUGCCGUUCCUGCCGGCGUGGCUGGCGACGGCGUGGGCGGCGCAGCACGCCUCGGUGGCUGGCCUGUGCGCCGGCAGGGCCAUCGCGGGCGCCGCCAUGGGCGCCGUCUUCACCGCGCUGCCCGUCUACGUCACCGAGAUAGCACAGGACGAGGUGCGCGGCACACUGGGCUCGCUGAUGCAGGGCUUCAUCACGCUCGGCCUGCUGGUGGAGUACUGCGUGGGGCCGUUCACGACGGCGGCGCAGCUGUCCAUGGUGUCGGCGGCGACGCCCGUGCUCUUCCUGCUGGCCAUGCUGGCCGCCGCCCCCGAGUCGCCGCUCUUCCUGCUGUCCCGCGGCCGCCGCGACCUCGCAGAGGAGGCGCUCAUGCGGCUGCGUGGCCGGCCCGCCGCCGGUGUCAAGGCAGAGCUUCAGAAAAUGGAGGCGUGCCUGUCGCCGCCGCAGAGCGAGGCUGGAGCUGGAGCUGGAAGCGGCGCCGGCACGUGGGCGCGGCGCUGGUGCAGCCGCGCGGCCGUGCGCGCCAUCUUGCUGUCGCUGGCCAUGGUCACCCUCCAGCAGCUCACCGGAAUCAACGCCGUGCUCUUCUUCGGCACGCACCUGCUCAACAUGGCCGCCAGCGACAGCCCCAUCUCCAGCGCACAGGGGAAUGCCAUCAUGGGCUUCGUGAUGUUGCUGGCAUCGUUCGCCACUCCAGCACUGGCCGACCGUGUGGGCCGCAAGGUGCUGCUCGCUGUCUCCGCCUUUGGCAUGGCGUUCUCAGAGGCACUGCUCGGGCUAUACUGCUACAACAAGGAUGAUCCCACCUGGCAACAGUACAGCUGGCUGCCUGUCUUCUGCCUCAUCCUCUACAUCAUUGUCUUCACAAUUGGAUUUGGACCACUCCCAUGGACCGUGAUGGCAGAAAUGCUUCCACCAGGAGUGAAGAGUGGUGCAUCGGCUCUCACUGUGUCACUGUGCUGGGUGCUCGGCUUUCUGGUGACUCGCUUCCUUACAGACAUGCUGGACGCACUUGGUGUUGAGGGCACCUUCUGGCUGUUUGCUGCUUGCUCACUGAUUGCAGGCUUCUUUAUUGUCCUGCUUCUACCAGAAACAAAGGGCAAGUCACUGCAAGAGAUACAGCAGCUUUUAGAGGGCAAGAACACCUGCAAAGAGGACCCGGGUGGUGCCCACGAGAUGACCACUGUCAAGGUGUGAGCACCACCACCCUCAAGUCUUGAGAGGCCCCUUCACAUCACCAUGGGCCACCUGUUAAUAAAGAGUCUCAGGCAUCUACCGCUCUCUGACUGCCUGCUGUACAUGGGGCAUUUUGUCUCUCCGAAGCAAACAGCUUCAUCAGACGCAAAUGAUCAGACAGGGACAGUAAAUGUUUUUGAAGACAUUAGCCCCAAUUUUAAUUGUCUGUGUGCCCUUUUUCUUUCAUCCAAAACUCACCAGUUGCAUUUUAUAAACCUAUAAUGAUACAUUCUUAUUAGAGACAGAACUGGUAUUUGAGAGAAGACUAGAUCAACAUUCCAUUCUUAGUUUUUUUCUUUUACCAUAUCUGGUUACUGUUUCUUGGUUGCUUGCCACAGCUCAUUUAUGACAGAUGUGAUCAGCAAUGAUUUCACAUGCAAGAAAAGUACUUCAAUUAUUAAAAAACAUGUGUAAGAGUAGAGCCAAUGUAGAGCAAAAGGCAUAGCUAUGCAAAUUGCUAUAGUUGACAUUUGCAAUCAAAAAGAUGUAUACGCACUUUUUGGCAAGGUUCUAUGUAAUGAAUAGCAUCCAGUUAACAAGAUAGUCUUUUGUAUAUUCAUUUUGUGUAAACACUGCAGAUUUUCAGUUCUGCAUAUGUUUACGGAUACAAAUAAUGCCAGCUAGGCCUGCAUUGUAUAAUUUUCCAGGUACUAAUAAGUACUUUCUGUUUCCUAUGGAGAAGACUGUAUGAAUGCAACAUUUGUACUUAUAAGUACAAAAUGAGUAAUAUUCCAUAAGAAUCAAAACAGUUGAAUUGUUUGCAAUUCAUUCAAUAACUGUGAUGAAAUAAAAUGAAUCAAAGGGUGAAACUUAUGAGGAACAUUCUUCUUCCAUUAAAAAUAAAAGUUCCUUGUUCAUAGUCAAAUGCAGGGCUUUCAGAUCAGUUUAGUGUAAAUUCUAGCAAUUUUAGUCAUAUUUUGUAUUUACGUAUGCAGAAAAUGUAUAUAAAAGCGUUUGAAAUAUUUGGUGCACUGGCCAAAAUAACACUGUUGACUGCCUGCUGUGCAGGUUUUGUGUUUCUGGGCCAAUGUUACAAAACAUUUUGUCAUAAUGAUCCACUCACCCAGUUUGUUUUGUGAUACUUCAUUUGGGUGUACGGCACAUCUUUAUUUAUGAGUUAGAGCAGUAUUUUCUUACUGAAUAGCUUUUUACAUAUGAUGUAUCUAUCUGUAUUUGUAUAUAGUAAUUUUUAUAGUAUCCAAUAAUAUAAAUAAGUAUAAUACUAAACUUUCUGGAGAUGAAAUAAAGAUUGUUGUUCCUGUUCUAA